ACUUUCAUUGUGUGAAAAUAGAAUACAAACUGGUGUAGUCUCUGUAGUGUUUUGUCUGUUUCAGAUAGUUGAGUUCAUAAUUCAUGGCUGCUUCUAGAUGUGGAUGACUGAAGAAGGACUCCAGAUAACAAUUGUUAAUACAGCAGUUUCCAUAGGAACUUUCUUUGUGCAUGAAAACACUGUUCUUUUCUUUGAAAUUUUGGUAAUGUUAUCACGCUCUAUGAUUGGGUGCAGUAUAUUAUCCAGCAUGAGGUUCUAUAGCAAGUAAGGUAAAAGUCACAGACAAUAUUUACAAAUAGCUGAAUAUCAGACUCAUUGGUAAAGAAGAUGUUGUGUGGUAUACACAUACCAAAAUGAGGUAGGGUAGGUAUGACAGCAGUUAAAAGGAUGUAUAGAAAAUAUGAAUGAAUGUAAUGAGUGCAUAUCAGGAGUGUUUAUCUGUGUGUUAGACCAAUAAUGUGAGAAUGGACCAAAGGUGUGUGUAUGUGUGUUUGAGAGAGGGUGAGAGAGAGAGACAGAGAGAGAGAGAUUGUCAGUGCGUUCUGGGUUUGUUUCUAUGGGUGGACUGAAUGUUUGGAUGUUAGAUAAUGUGUGUACAGGAAUGACAGGGUGUGAGUACAUAUUUGAGGAGCAUGUGUGCGAGAGUGCAUGUGUCAGAGUGUAAGUUACUCUGUUAAACAUUACCAUACUGCACCUGCGCAACUGUUACCUUAUUUCUACCCAACAUCCUGUGGGUCCACCUGUCUCAGGUAACUCAAGACUCAGUCCAUCUUUAUUCCUGGCUCAGAGUCGCUAUAUUUUUGCAGGUUGUUACCAUGGGGGACCACAAUCCUGCUCGAGUGGCUAUGCUAGUGCUUUCAUUGCUCAUUUAUGUUAUUGUUCUGGCAUUCAACGGAAUGGCGGGGCCUGGGAUUGGCCCAUUUGUUCAAACCACAAAGAACGUGUCAGACAUAUAUGACACAGAAAUCACCCCAUCAGGUUGGACAUUCUCGAUCUGGGGCAUCAUUUACACCUGGUUAACUGCCAUGCUCCUCUACAUCUUCACUGGCCUUUGCAGAAGGAAUGCUUAUGGAUGGGUGUACUGUAGCCCUGCUGUCCUGCCCUACGGAUUCUUCGUAUCCUGGCUCAUAAACAUGACUUUAAACAUUAUCUGGCUGAUCCUGUGGGACAGAGAACUGAUGAUACCUGCACUCGUUGUGCUGGCGUUGGUUGCAUUUACAAACUACCUGAUGGUCUUCUUCUCCUGUCAUGGGCUUCACGUGUAUGGUGCCUGGCUUAACAAGUAUCACAGAGUGGAUCUAUGGUGUCUUCGUGUGCUGGUACAGAAUGGCAUUUGCGUGUACACAACAUGGACCUCGAUAGCCACGUUGAUCAACUUCAACAUUGUGUUGAGCUAUGAAGCGGGGGUGUCCAAAUCGGACGGAGGCACAGUGUGCCUCGCCAUUCUGCUAACAGAGGUCAUCACUUGGUUUGUUCUGGAAAACUUUGUUGUGGAGAAGCAUGUUCGCUACAUCCUUACCAUCUAUCCAGUGGUGAUUAUGGCUCUGGCAGGAAAUAUGACCAAGAAUUACGAUAGCGCUGCGCCAAGCCGGAAUGGCAUUCUCAUCGCGGUGCUGCUGGCGCUGGUUUGCACGCUGUUCCUCGUGCGAGUUGCCUUGGUGAUCUGGCGACACCUGAAACAGCCGCUCUACCGAGGCGAGGGCUCGAAAGGAGCCAUGUCACCGAUGGAGACUGCUGAAAAGCAGAAAAAAAUGUUCACUUAGAGAAGUGUGCACGUCUCUAUGUCUGUACUUGCUGUCUUACUGUAAUUCAUUGCGUUAAAGUUUUGCUUAGAUGAAUCGCUAUGUUCUAGAAGAGAAAUCAACAUGUCAACGGAAAUGUCUAAUGUGAUAUUGGCUUUUCAUCUGAAAUUAUACAGAAGGUAAAUGUUUCAAACAAGGUAUGACAUUUUAAUUUGUGUAAUUUGUUAGUUGAAAAUGCAAUGGUUGUUUAUAUAGAUGAAAAUGAUAUCAUUCAAGACCUUUUCAAUUUAUGUGGGGAAAACAGGCUAAUUUCCCUAAUGAUUUCUAAAGUCUAAUUAGAUUCAUUCUUACUCAUUAUUUAUACAUGAUUUAUGUUUGCACACUCUUUGAAACAGUUAAUGGAUUUUCAGUUGUAUUUAGUCUGGAAACACUGCACAAUUGCAUUUAGGGUAUGUGCCUGUUAUAGCUGCAGCAAAAUGAAUUCACAAUGUUUUCUUCCUC